AUCUACUUCAAGGGUCAAUUCGUGUUAUAUAUAAGUAGGAAGAUAUCAUCCAUCUCUAAUCUAAUCUACAACAAAACAAAGCACAAGUAACUCUGCAUACAAGAAAAAAAGAAGCAGAAAAAAUAGAUAGGAGUAAGGAGGAUUUGAAGUUGUAUCUUUUUUGUUGUUGCUUUGGUGGAGUUGCGGGAGUUGAGGACUCACUCUCCGCAUUAAGGGAUACCCAGGGCUAGGAGAGGAGCCGUUUCUCCUUUGUUUGUUUAUAUCGUCUGACUAUGGAUUCGGCUGAUCCUGCUCGGGCAUUUGUUAAGGACGUCAAACGAAUUAUUAUCAAGGUUGGAACUGCAGUCGUGACUCGAGGUGAUGGAAGAUUAGCACUUGGAAGAAUGGGCUCACUGUGUGAGCAGAUUCGGGAACUUACCACCCAAGGCUUUGAAGUUAUUUUGGUGACCUCAGGUGCCGUUGGUGUUGGCCGUCAGCGGCUUCGAUAUAGGAAGCUUAUUAAUAGCAGCUUUGCGGACCUUCAAAAGCCUCAAGGUGAUCUUGAUGGCAAGGCUUGUGCUGCUGUGGGUCAGAAUGGCCUCAUGGCUCUGUAUGAUACGUUAUUUAGUCAGUUGGAUGUAACCUCAGCUCAGCUUAUGGUGACUGAUAAUGACUUUAGAGAUCCGGACUUUAGGAGACAACUCAAUGAAACUGUAAACUCAUUGCUCUGUCUGAAAGUUGUACCUAUAUUUAACGAGAAUGAUGCUAUCAGCACGCGGAAAGCUCCUUAUGAGGACUCCUCUGGAAUCUUUUGGGAUAAUGACAGUUUGGCAGCUCUACUGGCUCUGGAGCUAAAAGCUGAUCUUCUUGUUUUGUUGAGCGACGUAGACGGUCUUUACACUGGCCCUCCAAGUGAUCCGCAAUCAGAGCUAAUUCAUACAUAUGUUAAAGAGAAGCAUGAGGGGUUGAUUACUUUUGGAGACAAGUCUAGAGUGGGAAGAGGGGGCAUGACUGCCAAGGUAAAAGCUGCUGUGUAUGCAGCUUAUGCUGGCAUUCCUGUUGUGAUAACCAGUGGCUUCGCCAACAACAAUAUUAUUAAAGCACUAGACGGAGAACGUGUUGGCACUCUGUUUCAUCGUGAAGCCAUUAAAUGGGCAUCAACAGGGGAUAUCGAUGCUCGCGAGAUGGCAGUUUCUGCUAGAGAAUGUGCCAGGCGGCUUCAGGCACUCUCUUCUCAAGAAAGGAGUAAAAUUUUGCUAGAUGUAGCUGAUGCACUGGAAGCAAAUGAAGAGGAAAUCCUGGCUGAAAAUGAAGCUGAUGUGGCUGCUGCUCAACAAGCUGGAUACGAGAAGGCUUUGAUAUCUCGGUUAGCUUUGAAGCCAGGAAAAAUUUCAAGUCUUGCAAACUCUGUUCGUGUGCUUGCUAACAUGGAUGAGCCUAUUGGCCGCAUUUUAAAGAGAACGGAGCUUGCUGACGGAAUCAUAUUGGAGAAGACGUCAUCUCCAUUGGGCGUUCUCCUGAUUAUUUUUGAGUCACGACCUGAUGCACUUGUACAGAUAGCUUCUCUAGCAGUCCGAAGUGGGAAUGGCCUCUUGUUGAAAGGAGGAAAGGAGGCCAAAAGAUCAAAUGCAAUUUUACACAAGGUGAUUACCUCAGCCGUUCCUCCAAGCGUUGGUGAAAAACUUAUUGGGUUAGUGACUUCUAGAGAAGAGAUCCCGGAAUUGCUUAAGCUUGAUGAUGUGAUUGAUCUUGUUAUACCAAGAGGUAGCAAUAAACUUGUUUCUCAAAUUAAGGCCGCAACAAAAAUUCCUGUUCUUGGUCAUGCUGAUGGUAUUUGCCAUAUUUUCAUUGACAAGUCUGCUGACUUGGAUAUGGCCAAACGUAUUGUUUCGGAUGCGAAAACAGAUUAUCCAGCAGCCUGCAAUGCAAUGGAAACUCUUCUCGUUCAUAAGGAUUUGGUGCAAACCGGAGGUCUUAAUGACCUGAUUCUGGAACUUCAAGAAAAAGGUGUUUCUUUAUUUGGUGGACCUAAAGCAAGCUCCCUACUUAGUAUUCCCGAAGCAAAUUCCUUCCAUCAUGAAUAUGGUGCACUGGCUUGCACUGUCGAAGUUGUUGAAGAUGUGAAUGCUGCAAUAGAUCAUAUACAUCGUCACGGGAGUGCUCACACUGAUAGCAUCAUUACUGAAGACAAAGAAGUUGCUGAACUCUUUUUACGUCAAGUUGACAGUGCUGCUGUACUUCAUAAUGCAAGCACAAGAUUUAGUGACGGCUUUCGCUUUGGACUUGGUGCUGAGGUGGGGAUUAGUACAAGUCGCAUUCAUGCUCGUGGUCCAGUUGGAGUUGAGGGAUUGCUGACAACUAGAUGGCUUGCAAGGGGAUCUGGACAAGUCGUUGAUGGUGAUAAAGCAAUUGUCUACACUCACAAAGACCUUAAUCUGGAGGCUUGAGUGGAAAUGUGUACAAGUAUUAUUAUUACUAUUAUUAUUAUUAUUAUCCUCCUCUGGAUCUUGGAAGAUGUGUUGUACACUUGGAUUUUGGUAAAGCGCCAUUUGAUGCUUAUCCUGGAAUUUUCAAGUGUUUCAGCUGUGGAUAGUGAAUUGUGAUGGCAAGAAAGGACCAGGGCAGGACAACUAGGAUUUGCCUUACUGCUGGGCAAAAUAAUUUUUGUAAUUAGCAGAGGUUAAUGAAGUUCGUGUGGUAGAUUAUUACAUACAUGGUUGCUGUAGUAAACUAGCUGCCAAAUUUGUCUCAGUAAGAGCUUUCGAUUAGUUAUUAUUAAAACUUCAAAUCUGUAAGCAAGAAAAAAUAAAGUUGAGUUUCAUUAUAUAUUGUUAAUGAAAUUGAAUACUUUUUUUCAUA